AAUUCUAAACAUUCAACAAUGGAGAAACUUGCUGUUAUUUUAAUGAUCUGACCUCUCAAGUCGCUGAAGAUCUGAGUCACUACAAGCUGCAUUUUGAAUGGCGAAAAGACUUAUUUCAUGAGAAUAAGGUUGUAGGUGAUCAUAGUGUCCUAUCAGAAUGCAGACGCAUCUCUCAUGGCAUUGUGUGAAGCAGACCACGAGUGCCCGUCUGGCUACUUCUGCUACCUGGCGACCAACUACUGUGCGGCAUGUACCGACUGUGGCCCCUGGCACCGCCACAAUUCCACCCGCAGUCGAUGCUCCAAGGGGGCCAGUCAGUGCGGACCCUGCUACUCUGGAUUUGAAGAGGAAAUUCUUACAAACGGCAAACCUCGUGAUUUAUGCGUCCCGGUGGAAAAAGUUGAAGAGGAAAAAAAGGAAAUUUCUAAUUUUACUAUGAUGACUCUAAUGUUAAUGCUGAUAAUUUCGGUUUUGAUAUUGAUCCUAAUUAUCACCUUAAUAUAUGCCAGGAAAAGCUAUCAUAGAGGAAUCAGGCAAAUAACAGUCAUUGAAGAGCCUCCUCCUUAUAGCAGUUUGACACCGGUUUUACAAAAUUUAGAUGCAGAGCAGAGACUAGUACAAGAAGAGAUCGUGAAUGAACACAGGCAGAUCAUAAUGAACGAGAUGGAGAGAGAUAGGGUUAGGAGGGAUGAAGAAGUGGCUUCGGCUAGUGGAACAGCAGACGUCGGUGUGCGUACGUUGGCUGGAACAGCAGACGUCGGUGUGCGUACGUUGGCUGGAACAGCAGCCGUCAGUGUGCAAUCGUUCAACUGUUCUUGGGUGGAGAGCAAGGAGGACAGUCGUCUCCAGGAAGCGGUACCGUUCUGUCAACCCACCUACAUCAACCAAAACACUUCGGAUCCGGAUGAUUCAGGAGUAUCGGAACUGGAUGGUGGAAGCGGGGAAGUAACGCCAAGCUGGCUCCACGAUGAAACAACCAUGCCCAGCGAAUGGACUCCAAACAUGAUCAGUGUUAGUGAGAAUCGCGACAUGGAUUUGGACGAGGGAACAUACACCGAGGGAUCUUGCACAGAGGCUACUUGUGAUAGAGAGAGCGAAGACGUCAUGAUGUCCAGUGACCAGAUGAGUCAAAUCAGUCAGAUGAGUCAAAUCAGUCAGAUGAAUCGCGACGAUCAACUACUCACCCUGCCACCAUCUUACCACAAAACGCAAUAGUCAAAACUCUAUUGCAAGUCAUUAGUGUAUAAAAACAUUCUCAAAAACAGUCAUUAUUGUAAAAAGUAUUGUUCCUUUUUUAAGUUUUUGUUACUUUUAAUGGUAUUACUAAAAUCCGGGUCCUGUAGCUUUGCCUAUCAGCGGAGAGCCACUAGACUACAAUACUACCCGUUCAAAAACAUCGAACAUCUGUAGCGAGUUUCCUCCAUCUAGGGAUCUAGAUACUCUGGAACUUGAGUUUUUUUAAAAGUAGGAAUAUCACCCCGCGAAACAUAACUUGCCCAUAUGCCGUUUAAAGUCACAGAAGCAAAGCUACGGGACGCGUACUCUACUUAUGUAAAUAUAGGUUCACUUUUUGUUAGUAGUAUGUCUGUGAAUAUUCUUGUUCAAUGUAUUUUGUUUUUAUUGUGGCGAAGCCCCUAGUAGUUUUGUUAUUCGAUUCAGAUUCAUCGAAUCUGGAAUUCAAUUACAGAAUUGAAUUUGUUAUAGAUUUAUCGAAUCGGUACAUCCAAAGCUGCGUACAGAUUUGAGCGCCACGAACACGCGCAUUCCAAUUUUCAUCAGCUGAUGUUGCGCUUAUUAUCUGUACAUUACCGUUUCUGUACAAAUACAGGUAUGAUCAGCUGAUGAUAAGUGAAAUGCGCGUGUUCCUGGCGCUCAAAUCUGUACGCAGCUCAAGAAUUUAAUUACUGAUCAUGAAACCAGAAAGACAGUCUGUAUUCUGUGAUUUCAGAAUACUACUGCAAAGGAUUGGAAUAAUAUGUAAGUAAUGUAUUCAGUAAGUUGAAUAAUAUGUUGAUCAUACUCACCAUUUAUUUUUUAUAAUAACUAUGUUUCUUAUUUCAAUUUUCAAUAGAAAUCUCCGCGAACUUCAAGUGUAUUUUAAGAUAAAGAUAUUUAAAAUAUUGCUGAUAUAUGUUCAAAUAUUGGUGCUAGAUUAUUGUGUUAACUGUGCCUCAAGUUUGUGAACGAAACGUUUAUUUUAAAAUUGGAAUGAAAUUCGAUUUCUCUUUUGAUGUUAUAGAUUAAUCGAGUAGUUUUUAUUGAAUACAAAAUUCCAUUAGAAAUGGAAUGUCGACGACUUUUUAAUAAAAAUAUUGAUAUUGUAUGCAUUAUGUAUAUUAAUGUAUUCGCCAUGUUUUCAUAUAAAUAUUGUUGGUUCGUUAUUAUUUCACAAAGUUAGCUGGUUUGGAAUUAAUGGCAAUAAGCUUCUUCUAACUUUUGUUUGCAAAUCUAAAAAAAAUUAAGUUUGAUGCUCCAAAAUCUACAAAUUGACCAGAUGUUUAGGUACUCUUAUCUAAUUCAUACCAAAAUGUUAGAAUCACUUGACAAAUGUUUUGGAAAUAAUUUUAUCCAUUAUUUUAAUGGAAACUAUUUUUAAUAAGUAUCAAACUUACCUUCUGGAUCGAUUUAUUUUAUUUUUACAUGUAUGUGUAUGUUCACUUGACAUUUAUUUAAAUUAUAUUGUUCGUCCUUUUCGAGGAAAGCUAGAAAAUAGUUUUAAUCAUAAUUUUGGUCUCAAGUAUAUUACAUUAUUUGAUAACAUUCCAUUUUCAAAAUGAGUAUUGGAAAUACCUGUACUUGAUUUUUUGGACUAAUAAUAAUGUAAGCUAUUAUUAUAACAAUAGGAUGAUAAUUAGCUGGUAGUUGGUAUGUAACAAUGACCAAUUACGAUAUUGAUACAAACAUAAUGUAGUGUUUCUUUUAAUGGUAGAAUGUGGUGUUAUUUCAAAUUUUGAUUCAAUUGAAAAAAAAAUACAAAAGACACAAAUUCAUUGCAAGAUAAAUGAUUGUAUGCCAAUAAGUUAUAUCCUCAUCAAUCAAUUGUUUCAAACAAUCAAUAAUUGUUUUGAAAAUAACAUUAUUUCUUUUGGCAACUGUAAGAUUCUCUACAUCAUACACAUUUCAAAGACUACUUAUUCAAUUUGACUUUAAUUGUAUAAUAUUGUGUAAAUAUUAAGAUUUACGCUACGAUUUUUAAGUGUUUUCAAAGGUUUAGUGUUUUAGUUGAACUGAUUCGAAUAAUGAUAUCCAUACUGAACUGUUAGCUUUAAGUUAUUGUUGUUUGAACUAGUUAAAUAUUUAAGAUUUUAGUUAGUUCCAGUAGUGGAAUUGUUUUCCUUCCAAAUGUCUACUAGUUAUCUCUAACUACAACAAUCGUAACUUUAAAAUUAUUGAAUGAAAUAAUUUUUUCAAUGAUGAUAAUUAUUGAUCGGCAAUUUGUGAUUUACUUCUGCCACUACUUUAUUAGAAGUUGUUUUUUCUCACUCUAUAUUAGAGGUUUUUGGUUCCUAGUACAUUAAUUACUAUUGGUACCGCACUUGAACUGAUCUAAAUGUAUUCAAUUGUGAUGAAAUUCAUAAACUAUAUUCGGUUUAUAAGAAGGCAAUUAAAUGAAUAUUUCUUAUGUGUAGUGAGUUGGCGUUUCAACUUGUGAAGUGAGUGUAUUACGCCUCCUAUAGCCUUUAUCAAAUGGCUUUACCACUGAAAUGUAUCACGUUAUUUUACAAAGUGGUUCAGUUCUAUAUACAUUUUGUUGGAUGAUAGUUUGAUAAUAUUAAUAUGAUAAUUUAUUCACCAAUAUAUUAUGAUCGAUUAUUUAUUAAUUUUAAAUUGUUAACAUCAAUUAUUCAAAUAUCAUAUUUACGCUGCAUCUUCCAAACCGAUUCAGAUACUUAUUGAAACAAAUUUAAUGUACGUUCCUCCAGUAAGUAAGAACAUGAGGUUCUACUAUCUCAAGUUUGAUACCGAUUAAAAUAGCUGAAAAUGUUACCAGUCUAGGUUUAAUAAUAUGUUAUAAUAGCCAGCACAGGCUUACAGCAAAUGGAACUCUUUUUCAAUGUAUCACUAGAAAAAGUUAAUCCUAAACCUUAUAAUCUGUUUCACCACAGUUCAGGACCUGAUGAUAAAUUAUUAAUUUUUCAGAAAAUUAUUUACUAAAUUUAUAAAUUUGAGCUCGGUUCUACUUGGCAAAGCUAAUAUUAUCAUCAUCAUUAUUACUAUAAAUAGUACUGUCUAUCUAUUUUAUUUAAUACCAAAAACACACGCAAACUUGUAUUGGAAAAGUCAUAUUACCUAUGAUACUUGCAUUCAGCCUUUGAAAGACAUAUAAUUUUAAGAUACUUCAAUAAUAACCAAAUACUAUUAUAAGCAAUUACCCAUUCACAUAAUUUAUUCCAUUUUAACACUUAUUUUCAAAGUAUUUUUGUUUAGCUGUUUACACGUCUUAUUAGAGUUUCUGAAUUAUUUAGUAUUACAAAACCCAUUCAAGUUCUUGAAAAAUUGAGUACUUUAUAAUCAAUCUUGAGCCACAUGUAUACCAGAGUUGUCAACAAAAUAUAGUUCACAAAAAGUUUUCUUCAAAAAAGUUGUAAUUUUUUAUAGAAAACAAGUUACAUAUCACUGUGCUUUUUAUGAAAUUGGCAACAUUUUUUGAGUACUCAGGUGCAAACGUGGCUUUAGCAACACUAUAUAAAAUCAAAUCUCAAUAGAUAAAUGAAAUAGGCCUAAUGGCAAAAUAAUGUAAUAUUUUCCGUAAUUUAUAAGAGAUUAUGAAUCAGUAAUCAUUUUUUGUAGCUGGAACUAGUCAAUUGAUAUUCCAGUCUAUUGUAGUAUCAAUUUUAAUAUGCUCAAGUUAUGAUUGAUAUUAUUAUCAAUAUUCAAUCAAUUAAAUGUUUUUUAAUUUAGGUUUACACAAUUCAUUUUUUAUCAACUUGUCAAUAUCACUAUAAAUUAAUUACCUCAUAAGGGUCUCAACCACCCGAAUAUUUGAUAUAAUAAAGUUGCAAUAUUUUUAAAUCGCA